CCACACGUUCAUUCAGUCUGUGGACGACUUUGCGCCUGUACGUACCACUCACGCACCGUUACGUUGCUGAGCGCGCACACACACAAACACACAUACAUUGAUAAUAAACACGCACGCAUACAUCGCAAGCAGCGCGUGUGCAUUUUGCAUUUUGCAUUUUGGCAUUCCACUGCCGGCGUGUGCCAGGCAGAGCAACAUUUAACAGCUGCAACUGCAACUGCAACUGCAACGCAACUGCAGCCUGAACAAAAGUAUUCCAAAGAUUUCGCGCGCGCCUAUCUCAAGAAAUCGUCGCGUGUGGCUCAACAACAAACAUCCAGCAAACAUCAUCAACAACAACAACAUCUGCUAAUGCAGCCUCUUCUUAGAGUGUGUGUGUGUGUGUGAUUAAAAAGUGCAACCGAAUGUUCGAUUAAUUACUCUGAUUAUCGGUUUGAUCGCUUAUCUCUCAGUUCGCUCAGUCUCUAACUCUAAAGUGAUAAUUCAAAUCUUAACUCUACUCAAAAGUUCUUACUCAAUACAAUCCUUAAGAGAAACAAAUAUUAUCAAAUUAACGCUGAUAAAAGUGCAAUAAAAUCAACUAAAGUGAAGAUAAGAAAAGAACAAAACUUCUACAAGUCCAACAAAUCAAUCUUCAAUUGCAGCUUUAAUUCUACAAAAAGACGGUGGCGCACACAAUGCGAGCGGAUCAGUGACAUGGCCGAGGGCUGCGAGGACUCUGCCGGCGCCACAGAAUCCACCACGUCACAGUACAAGCUAGACAAGAUGUUGGGCACGGUGUUGCCUUGUGAGGCGGCCGUUGUCGCGACGCCCGGCAGCAGCAGCAGCAGUAGCAACAACAACAGCAGCAGCAGCAAUAUUGUGAAGCGAGAGUUUUGCGAUGGCAACAUUAUGCCUGGUGCUAGUGUCAAUAACAACAAUAGCUCCGCCAGCAAUAACAACAAUAACAAUAACAACAACAACAAUACCAAAUUGCAGGCAUUGAUAUGCGCUGGCAGCAACAACAAUAACAACAACAGCAACAACAACAACAUUAACAACAACAACAGCACUAAUAACAACGCCAACUCAAAUAAUACGAACAGCAGCAGCAGCUCAUCAUCCUCCUCCUCAUCGUGCUCAUCCACAUCAUCGAGCUCAUCGGCCAGCACACUGACCAGUUGCACCACCGCGGCCAUAGUGCCCUCCAAUUGCUCCACAAAUGCCAAUAAAUCGCCCGGUUCCCCCUACUCCCAGAGUGGCAUCGGCAUGACCAUGGGAAUGGGCAUGGGCAUGGGGAUGGGGAUGGGCAUUGGUGUCGCCCUCGCCAGCCCGAUGCGUGAUGUCAGUCCGCUGCCCAGCCGAUGUUCGCCGGCAGCUGUUGCCGCACAGUCGCCAUGUGAAGGUGCCACGCCCUCGUCGCCGCCAUCUGACUCCUCGAACAAUUCGUCGCAUGUGCUGGCGCUCAACAUUAAGACCGAGUCGGUGAGUCGCUAA